AAAAAUGAAAAAUAUAUCUUUCGUUGACGAAGGGCGGCGGCUGGUGUUAGUUAGUUAUUGACAUUCAGCGAAUUAAAUGUUUAUAUUCAAUAAUACAUUUCUUAUAGUUAUAUCGAUGAUGUGACUGAGUCUGAGUGUACGUAUGCGUUUAAUCAGUCAAAUCUGUAUCAACAGACACAAAUCUCUCCUUUUGCAUACAUUUUUUCUCUUAUUGAUUCCGUUCAACGCCUAGGCUAAAGUCAAUCAUCAUCAUCUGCUCUUGAUUGUUCCAGGGGAUUUCACAGUGUGCGUGGGUUUCCGAAGAAGAAGAGAAAUCUCGAUCAGGGUUUUGUUGGUUUUCGUGAAUUGGUUUAUUCGCUGAGUCGUUGAAGUUGUGGCUCUCCGUGUGCCUUCACUAGAUUUCAGUAUGGUUUUUAAGAGUGGAUUAGAAUUAGGGUUUCUCUUUUAGGGAAGUGGAUGGAUUAGAUUGUGAAUUGAGUGUUUUUUUUUUCUGUGUGCUGUUGAUUGAUUGAUUGGUCGUGUAUGUUCACGUGUAUAGAUUCCUGUUUUAGAGCUUACGAUGGGUUGCGUAAGUUCUAGGCAUAGGCCUUUUAGGAGAAAGUCUACACUGAAAGAUUCACCGGAGAAACGUUCCUCCUGGAUUGAUUCGUCGAGGAUUGAUGAUUGGAUCCAACCGGAAGGUGGGCUUGAAAGAUCCAGUAGCAGGGGAGAUGCAAAAGAUAGGAUAAUUGAAUCCAAAAUGUUUAGUCCCAGUAGGUUUUUAGAUCAUCAGAUUGGUAAGAUACUGGAGAACCCUGAGAUAGCUGAUGAUAUGGAUCGAGCUGUUCAUGACAAGGAAUUGAAAAGGGCCUCGAGUGCUGUUGUGAAACCUGGUUUGGAGAUUGAUCCAAAUGUUAUUAUCGAACCGAAGCUAGAUGAUAGAUGGAACAGCAGAGAUUCCAAAGUUGGAUUACUUGAAUCCGAGAAACAGAGUUCCAAAAGGUUUUCUGAUCAUCAUCAGGCUGAGAAGGAACCAGAGAAUCCUCGGAGUAAAGAAUCGGUUCAAAAUGUUCCUCGAGAAGUGAGUAAGAACACGAGUGGUGCUGUCGUUCCAAAGGACAGAGAGUUGUCAGCAGGAUGGCCGACUUGGCUGGUCUCUGUUGCUGGUGAGGCACUACUGGACUGGGCUCCACGCCGAGCGAGUACCUUUGAGAAACUGGACAAAAUUGGCCAAGGAACAUAUAGCAGCGUCUACAGGGCUCGUGAUCUUCUUCAUAACAAGAUCGUUGCGCUAAAAAAAGUCCGGUUUGAUCUUAACGAUAUAGAAAGUGUCAAGUUUAUGGCGAGAGAGAUCAUAGUAAUGCGACGGCUUGAUCAUCCCAAUGUCCUGAAACUGGAAGGACUGAUCACUGCACCUGUUUCAUCAUCUCUCUACUUAGUUUUCGAGUACAUGGACCAUGAUCUCUUAGGACUUUCUUCGCUACCCGGUGUCAAGUUUUCAGAGCCUCAGGUUAAAUGUUACAUGCGUCAACUUCUAAGUGGGCUUGAACAUUGUCACAGCCGCGGUGUUCUUCAUCGAGAUAUAAAGGGAUCAAACCUACUGAUUGACAGCAAUGGAGUCUUGAAGAUUGCAGAUUUCGGGUUAGCCACAUUUUUCGACCCUGCAAAAUGUGUUCCACUGACUAGCCAUGUUGUCACUCUUUGGUAUCGACCACCAGAACUCUUGCUCGGAGCCUCUCACUACGGUGUGGGGGUUGAUCUUUGGAGCACAGGUUGCAUCUUAGGUGAACUAUAUGCCGGUAAACCCAUCCUACCUGGAAAAACGGAGGUAGAACAGUUGCAUAAAAUCUUCAAGCUUUGCGGUUCACCAACAGACGCUUACUGGAGAAAACACAAGUUACCAUCUUCAGCUGGAUUCAAAACGGCGAUUCCUUAUAGACGAAAAUUAUCAGAGCUGUAUAAGGACUUUCCGGCGAGUGUUCUGUCGCUUUUAGAGACUUUACUCUCCAUAGAUCCUGAUCACCGGAGCUCUGCUGAUAGAGCACUUGAGAGUGAGUACUUCAAAACCAAGCCGUUUGCUUGUGAUCCAUCUCAUCUGCCAAAAUAUCCUCCUAGUAAAGAGAUUGAUGCUAAAAUGCGCGAUGAAGCCAAAAGGCAACGGCCCAUGAGGGAGGAGAAACAUGAAAGGCAAGACUCUCAAGCGAGAAGAUCACACGAGAGCAAACUUGUCCCACCGAUCAAAGCAAAUCACUCUUUAUCAAUGAUAAUGGAGAAACCAUACCACGAUUUGAAGAGCAGAAAUGAUAGUUUCAAGUCGUUUAAGGAGGAGAGGCAUCCUCAUGGCCCAGUUCCUGAUUAUCGGAAUGUGCACACCAGAAGCAAUCAAACCGGUGGGAGAGUGUCACACUCAGGUCCACUGAUGAGCAACCGGAAUAUGGCUAAGUCAACAACGUAUGUGAAGGAAAAUGCACCUCCUAGAUACCCACCUGCUAGAGUGAACCCCAAGAUUUUAUCAGGCUCGGCCUCUUCAAAAACAUUAUUAGAUCAACCAGUCAUGAAUCAACGGAGAAGGGAUCGACGAGCAUACAAUAGAGCUGACACUAUGGAUAGUAGACACAUGACUACACCAAUUGAUCCAUCUUGGUAUAAUCCUAGUGAUAGCAAGAUUUACAUGUCGGGACCAUUGUUGGCUCAGCCAAGCAGAGUGGAUCAGAUGCUUGAAGAACAUGACAGGCAGCUUCAGGAAUUUAAUAGACAAGCUCAAAAGACGCGAGAAGGCAAAACUGGCAAAUGAUGAAGCAAAUCACGAGAAACCAAACACGCUGAGCUUUAUCUUUUAACAUCCAAACUACAGUAAAAGUUGCUCAAAGGAAAAGCAGAACCACUUGGAGUCAGACUUGCCAUAAGAAUCUGGCGGUUCAUAUUAUGCGAACUGUUUAUGGUCCUUCUGGCUUAAGCCGCGAUUGUUUGAUUUAGAUGAUUUUAUUGUUGAGUUAUCACUAUAGAGGUUUGAAUGUGUAAAUAAACAUAAAAUCUGUCCUUUACAUAUAUUAUUAAGUUUGAUACUUGCUAUGGUCAUGAUGUAAUGGUAAAAAGAUUGGCCGACAAUCAAUUAUAUUGCAGCUUCAGUCAACUUUAAGGUUCUCUUAAGAUGGGAUCCAACUCUCAUUAACUUGGGCAGUUCAGGUUAAUUGUGUCAAACUCC